UCAUUACCAGACACCAGGCUCCGGAACCUGACAUUCACCGAUCGGAAAAGCAGAGAGAGAGACAGAGUGAGAGAGAGAGAGAGAGAGAGAAAACCCUGAACCAAUGCAACCGGCGAGGAAAAGCGAGUUAAACCACCGUCUCCCGCAUCGGCUCCUCAAUCUGCCGUAGGCUACUGGCGGCUGAAAGCGCGGUUCUGCCGCUGACAUUUCCCGCUGGAUUUGGGCUUGUAGUCGGAUGCGGGCUUGUUUUGACUGCAGUAACAGUCCUACUCCCCCCCCCUCCUCCCCUACCAACCGAGUAGCGGAUUUGCGAGGGAUCUCAGCGGUGUGCGGCUCCCCGAGUGACCAGCGAUCCUGCAAGGCACCGGAGACGCGCUCUGCACCGCCGCGGGUCCCCACCACACGACUCCAUCCGCAAGAGCCUCUAAAGAUCUUAUUUCUGUAAGGAAUUGGACAUAAGCGCCAAGUUUGCGAUUGGAUUUUUUUCCCCCUGUGCUGCUACCUUGCUUCUGUCAUCAGAUCGGCUGAAAAUCCCAUUUUCGUUUUUUUUUUUCUUUCCAAAGCACCGUUGACGCCAUUUUCCUCGGGGUUUUCUGUCAAAAAAAAAAAAAACCUAUAUUCUGGCACCGUUUGACAGCUCCCCGGGAGGCUGUCAUCCCAUCCGUCGCUUGUGUAAAAUGUGUCUAAAUGGAUUGUAAAUGAUCUUGAUAAAAUAUUUACACGUUAGACCCGAGUGUGUGACAACAUUAGACAUGGACUGUCCCUGGCUUCGCUGUGUUCCUGUGGGACAACCAACCCGACCCCAGUAGCUGAUUGACAACAACCAACCAGCCCGACAGAUUACUGUUCUCUAUCUUCUCAUUGGCUGGCUGCCACAGCUUCCCCCAUCCUGACUGGCUCUGGCUGGAGCGUGGAUGGAGCCAAGGGAUCUGGUUGGCUCGGCCCGACCCAAAGAGGCGGAGUUACAGGGAGGCAGGGUGGGGCCAAAUGAAGAGGACCAGGAAGGAGCAGGGGGCAUCAGUUUGGCGCGCAGGGAUGACGUGAUUAACGGUGCCAUCAGCGAAGGGGAGGGGCUAGAGGAGCAGGUAGAAGGGCUUCUGGAGGAGCAGGAGUUCUCCAUCAAGGAAGCAAGUUUCCAGGAAGGAAGUCUAAAGCUGAAGAUUCAGACCACCAAGCGCACCAAGAAGCCCCCCAAGAACCUUGAGAACUACAUUUGCCCACCGGAGAUCAGGAUGACCAUCAGACCUCCAGUUGGAGAGGGCAAAGGGGGGCGACAGGGACGGACAGGAGGCGGGGCAGGGCGCGGCCAGAAAGACGAAGAACGAGGACCCCCCAGAAAAAGGACAUACGAGCGCCAGUUCAGAAUGCCUGAGCAGAAAGAGGGAGGCCUGCUGCAACUACUGGGUGAUCACACUCUGCCAAAACACCAGCUUCGCAGCUCCCUCCCUCCUGCACACACAGUCUCACACACACAGCAAACACAGCACACCCUCUUGCAACAAUUCCAACACCCUCAUGCACAUCAGCACCAAAUCAAUCCGGACUGGAUUACGCCUGCAGCACCUUCAGCAUCCCCGGCCAAUCGUGCAGAUUCUGAGCCGGCCAGAGAACUGGCAGGAGCCAGUCGGAGCUCUGUGCUUGAUCCAGCCCAACCUUUCUCACGAACAGCGACACAAAGUCCCUCACCUCAGAGAUCCCUGACUCCAGACCUGCAGUUGCCAGUGGUUACAGAUGCCAGUAUUCUCAACCUAACCUCUCUCAGCAGGGGAAGGGGUUUGCAAGAGGUCAGUGAACAGCUCUUUGGGAACAUCAAGAGGAAAUACGGCAGGAAGGACUCACAGAGGAUGCUCUGUAAUCCCCACAGUGCUGAUACACCUUGGGGAAGACAGCCAGAGAAAGGAUCGGAAAGCCCAACUAAUUCAGAGGAGAGGCAGAAGUACAGGCAAGAGGAGACAGCUCAGCGGUGUCAUGAAGAAAGAGAGGAAAGGAGAAAAGAGGAAAGAGAGCGAGCGAUUGCUGGGAGGAGAGGUGAUGAAGAAGACAGAGGGAUGCCCAUGCUGACAGAGGAAGGGAAAGGAAGAAAGAGGCGGAGGAGGCCUUCUUUUGACGAGUCAUUUUAUGUAGAUGAGCAAUUACAGCAAAGGCAGGACUCUGACAUUACAGAGAAGCACCAGCCUGGGCCCCCAGAUCCCAAAGUAGCACAUAAGAUGGAGACUCACAAAAAUGAAUCUCGACUCACAAAUCACGCUGAUGUCAGUAGAGAAAGGAUAGAAAAAGCAGAGAGAGCAGAUAAAGGCGAUGCAAGAGAAAAAGGCGACCGGGCAGAAAGAGGAGAGAUAGUUAUAAGUGGGUCUGACUUAAUGUCUGUUUUGAGUGCAAAUAGAAUAAAAAAGAACCCAGUUGGUCGUCCUAAGAUCAGCACAGACGCCCUUAAACACAGAGACCCUAUUCACAAUCUUAUCAACAAAGCCAAUCUUAUCACAAACCCCAGACUCCCUAGCCCAAACCCCAGCCCCAGGGGCAGCAUCAGUCCAAGCCCGAGCCCUAAACCUAGGGCUAACAUUAGUCCCAGUCUCAGCCCCAGACCCAGGAUGGCCCUGAGUCCCAGCCCCAGCCACAGCAUCAGCUCCACAGCCAGUUCCAGACCAACCAAGGCCAAGGACAGAUGGUCCUACCUGAAAUCUAAAAGCCAUGCCAACCUCACGUCACCCCAGAGAGACAACCGGAGUAGCCCCUUGACCUUAGCUGACCCACCCUCUGCCUUCCCCAUCACCCCUUCUAGCCCCCUCUACACCAACACUGACAGCCUGACUGUCCACACACCCAUUAAGAGGAAACGAGGACGCCCCAAAAAACAGCCACUACUUACAGUGGAGACUAUCCAUGAGGGCACCUCCACCUCACCUCCAAGCCCACUGGCACAGGAUACCGCUGCAGGGCUAAACCGUAGGAGGAAGACACACACACUAAACACAUUGGUGCAAAUGGCCUCCACGACCACCAGUGCCAAUUCUAAUAAUCUGAAACUAAAGCGUGGCAGAUGCCCUUCCAGGCCAGUGAAUAAGAUGAAGCUUGGGAAAAUGCAGAGCAUCCUGAAUGAGAUCCUUUCAGGUUCCAGUCAGAACGGCGCUCUGGCUCUGAAGUCAUCUUCAGCCCCUGUUUCCUCAGCUAUGAGUGCCAUGGCGUCCACCAUUGAGGCUCGGCUGGGAAAACAGAUAAAUGUCAGCAAGAGAGGAACCAUCUACAUCGGUAAGAAGAGAGGGCGGAAACCCAGAGCAGAAACCCAAGGCUUAAACCCUCCCAAAACCACUAGGGACAAGUCCUUCACAUCUGUCUCCACAUCCAGUCUCUAUGAGAGCCCUGUAGUGCCUUCUGCCACCUUGUCUCCCAGCUCCAGCGCUCCAUCCAUAAGAAACAGCCACUCUGAUGCCACUAUGCCAAGUUUGCAGCCCAUCUCAGCCCUGCCCUCCAAGCUUGCAGGCAGGAGCUUCCUCUCUGGGGGAUGGAAACUGUCUCCUCCACGCCUUCUGGCUAAUUCCCCUUCCCACCUGUCAGAGGGGGCAUCAGUAAAGGAAGUGACCCUGUCCCCCAUCAGCGAGUCCCACAGCGAGGAGACUAUUCCAAGUGACAGUGGGAUUGGGACAGACAACAACAGCACCUCAGAUCAAACAGAGAAGGGCUCCGCCUCUCGACGCAGGUACUCAUUUGAUCUGUGUGGGUUUGAGGCUGCGGAGGCAGCAGCCUUGGAAGCAUCCAACAGGGGCAGCAAAGCACGCUGUGAACGGCAAGUAAUAGCUGUUGACAACUUCCUGUCACAGCAGGAAAAGAAGCAAAAGCAUCAUCGACGGAAGAGGAAGUGCCUACAAAGCCGGGAUCAUCUUCACUUUCUUUCUGAACUUGAGGAGGUUGUGAUAAAGCUCCAGCAGCUACGAGUGUCUCACAGACGAUACACCUGCUACCCCCAGCAACCAUAUCCCUCCAUUUUCCGCCUCAACUUCCAUCAUUACUAUCCUGUUACCUAUGACUCCUACUCCUGUGACUCCAGCUCGUACCUCCGCAGGAGCGCCGAUCUGAAGGCUAAGAGGAGACGCGGCCGUCCAGCCAAACCCAGCGAGCCAAUCACAUCGAAGCUGCCUUUUGUUCAAGGAUAUGGUUAUCCGCUGCCAGGGGGAAAUUACUAUGCAGCACCGUAUGCGAUGCCUUACGCACCUUCUCUGAGUUUGGGCUACUUUCCCCCUGCUACCCCGUUUUAUCUGCCCCACCACUCGCUAGGACCUGCGCCUCCAUCUCCCUUCAUGAGGCCAGCUGUACCCCCUCCCAAGGCUUUCCACUCCAGUGGACACUCAAAGCUCCAGCCAGGGGCCAAGCUUCGCGGCGGCAAUGGCCCACUUCAGGGGCCCUCUGUAAGAGGAGAGGGCCUGGGAUCUCUGGGCAGUGGCAGUGCAGGUGGUCUUGCAGGGGUUCGUCUCCAUAAGAGGAAGCACAAGCACAAACAUAAGCACAAGGAUGAACCUCUCCUUUCGCUGCGAGACCGGCAGGAAUUGGGUGGGCUCUUUAGUGGCGCAAAGACCAAUGCCCGUCUCAGCAUGCUGAGUGACAGGAGGGACAUGGCCAGUCAGGGCUCUUCAAAGCAUCUGGAGAAGCAGAGGGGCAGUGGUAGAGGCUCAAGCCUAGGAUCCAGCUUAGGGAUGUUUGAGUCGGACCAGCUGUCCACACACUCUCUCGCUGACAGUCAGUUCCACUCCCGUCAGACUCGACAGCCAAUAAACAGCUUCAUGAGCAGCUACAGUAGCCAAUCGCAGAGGUUAGAGUCAGCAUCUGACCUGUUUUUGGGGUCACGGGAGGACGACUGUGGAGGAAGGAGCAGGAAGACGAGGCUCACUGUGUUUGGAGAUCAGGGCUUAAUGUCAUUCCAAACUGCCAGGCAGGAGCCAGGACAGAUGAACAACUGCUCCAGUUCCUCCCUCACUGAUGUUCCCAGUAAGCGGAGAUAUAAGCGACGCGAGGUGGAACAGAUCCAGAAGGACGUGAGGAGGAUGCAUUCUUUGAACUUUGAGCAUGUGCAGAAGAUCCUCCGUGCCAAGCGCCUGCAGCGACAAGCCAAAACAGGAAACAAUGUCAUUAAAAGACGGCCUGGGCGGCCCCGAAAACAACCGAUAGUGGAAUCUGAGCCGACUAACAGGAUGGCAAAUGAGCGGGCUGGUGGUCGAGGUUUGGACAUGUUUGCCGGUAGGAGAGGUGAUGGGAGGACUCAGGGGAUGCCUGUCCUGGAAAGGUGUGAUGACCUGCCAGGUAGGCAGAGCCUCAGGCAAAACUUGACCCCCGAGCCUCUGGAGUUCUCAAAUCAUGAUUCCAUCUCAGCAACAAUUGAGACUGUGGUGCAUCAAGCGCGAUCUGUACCUCCUCUGGCCAAAGGAGGGAAACGCAGAGGCAGGGGCCACAGCAGGGACCAGUUAUGGGCUCCUUCCAGUCAGUAGACCUGCAGGAGAGAGAAACUCUUUAACUGAACAGAAAGCAGUUGUUGGAGUCAGUGCUGGUUCAGAUGCAGUGCCCUUAUUUCUGGGACUCCUUGGUGCACGUUGACUUGUUUCUCCUCUCUGAUUAGUGAGGACUACAGAGGGUCAGUGGAGGAGCAGGAGGAGGGAGCACUUCCACUUGCUUAACCCAACCAGACAUGAGCCUUUUAAGGAUUCAUUGGACCUUCAUUUACAAUGGCACUAUAUGGUACUAUUUGAUACUGAAUCUGAUGCUAUAAAAGUGUGUGGUACUUAGUGUAGGAUAUUAUGUGAUUCUUUAUGUAUCUGAUACAGUGACGUGUAUUGUAUUUUAUGAUACUGUAUCUGAAUGUGGCUUUAGCCAUAUAUUUACCAGCAAGGGGAGGGGUAAUGGUUAAAAUUAAACUGUGCAGCUCUGCUUAUUUUUGCCUUUCUGAGGAAUCUUGUCAAAGACAUGUGGGAUAAAACAGCAGUAAUUCAGCCACCUUACCCUAUUACUCACUCUCACCCUUAUCUGUACCUUCCUUGUUUUUUUGUUCUCUCUGAGGAGUAACUGAUACUUGCUGUCUGCUCCUCCCCGCUCGACACUCACCCCAAUUUUUUAGCCCUUUCUGGUGCCUGCCGCUCAACUUCACCUCCCUUUGUCCUCUCAUCUACUCCCAAUCAUGUUUUACAUUUCUCAUUGCUUGUGCUCCCUCAACCUAACCCCCGUUUCAUUUAUUUCUCCCUCCCUGCUCAGGCCUGUCCUGUGCAGUGACAUAGAGGCAAUAUGGUGGAUGAGAUUGUCCCAGACUGUACAUAGAAACCAAUUCCACUGUUGCCUGCCUUGUACAAUGAUAAACCAGCUCGUAGACAUGUACUGGCAUACAGUAUAUCAAAUAGAAUUGUUGUACCAUAGACAAUGAAAGUUGUGUAUUGUUUUAUAACCAAAAACAGACAUGGGUGCGACUCAAGACAAGUUUGUUUUCAGAUAGAAAGAACCACAUAUAUUCAUUCAUACACUCAUUAUUGUGUUUAUAUCCAGCGGGCAUUGCAUUGCAUACAGGAGGAAUAUCAGGUGUGUUUUUGAUAAAAACUUAAAAUUGGUUUAUUGCACUAUGAAAAACCAUACACUUGCAUCAAUCAAAUGAAGCACUUACAUGCUUGUUCCAGCCUUAUGUUUUGGCCUUUGAUGGUGUGGAUAUCCAUUCCAGAGAGCAUGCAUUAUUUUAAUCAAUUUGUAUAUGCAGGCUGCGCAGCCAAAAGCGUCAAUCUGAAGCCCAAGCCUGAAUCGUGUUUGGACAGUUUAGCUGAAGAAGAGGCCUCACAGUCAGUGUUUUAAAAAGCCAAUCCCAGUCUUUCUACUUAACAUGAUUUUUUAACCAUAUCAAUGGAAAUAUUUUUUUGAAAGUAAAUCCAGUAUUUAGAUUUAGAAACCAAAGUCUCAGUAUUCAGUGUAAGGAUGUAUUAUUUAAAAGAACCUAAAUCAGAGUUUGACAAACUCUCCACCAUGUUGGCACCAAUGUAAAGCAUCCCUAUGUGCACUCUAGAAUGUAGCCAUCUUGGAUUUGUUUGUGUCAAUAUGUCAAGCCUUUGUUAAACUCUAUCUACAGUAUCUGUGGCUUUGGGUAGUGGUUUCUCGAAUACGUAUUUCAGAAUAUAAGCAAUUAAUCAGUGUUUCUUUGACAACUUUGUUAAAGUUUUGUUUCAGGAAAUUCAGUUUUCUUUGGGUUGGGUGGGAUUCUCAGUUGCAGCGGUUUAACUUGUGCCUUAUGUUUCUUUCUCUCACCAAUUACAUUUGACCUGAGAAAUAUCAAGUGGCAGAGAACUCCCCAGAAAUUGACCCAAAAUAUUCAUGAUUGUUCAUAUGACGCAUGUGUCUUAGUCAUCAGAACCCUGAUGCUGCCCGUGUCCCUUCACAGCUUCCAUUGUCAGCAUUCUCUGUCACAGGGCACUGACUCUGUCUCCCAGCUUCAUCCUAGUUUUCUGACCCAUAUCAUCAUAACAGAACUAGAGGAGCUGGGGCUGAUGAAUAUAAUGUGAUAUUACUGUAUUGAAUACACACCAUGUAGUGGCCUACAUACUGCUUUACAGCAAUGGUGGAAACAGGAUGGUCUACUGUAUCAGAUGUGUUUCUAUCCAGAGAUAUUGAUUAAACUCAAUGUCCCACAUAUAAUUGAGGAUCAUUUACUCUGGCCAGUAUAAAACCAGUUAAUUAAAACAGAUAACUGGUUUUGUACUUGGCAAAGGAGGAUGUCAGAGUAGGUUGUCAUGGAAUCCUUAUUCUCCUACAUUGUUGUUUGCUAUGCAUCAGGCCAUGCCUGGCAAUGACCUUAAAAGGAAUUUCUGUUCUGGGUCCACCCUUCAACAAAGAGAAAUAAGUGGUCUUAUUUACUGAAUAAAAUGAAUUAAUGUUACAAGAAUUGUGAAUAAUACCAGUAAUAAUUUGUAAUAAGUUGUGCAGAAAGUGACUAUCAUUUCAUGAAAACUAUAGUUACUGCAGCUCUAUGCAGUACAGCCUUAACCAGAUGUAAAACUACAGUAUUGAAGUGUUUGUUGUAAAUAGUGUUAGUAUGUCCAUCCUGCAUGGAUACCGGUUGGGCUCGGCUAUGCUGGGACUGUCUCCAAAAACCACAGUAGAUCUUCUCUCUCUAUUAAGACCGCUCAAGACCCAGGAAAACAUACCGAAAUAGUUAGUCUAGAUUUUCCUUUUCGACAAAUUCUGGUGAAAAUUGACAUUGUCAUCGUUCCAGUCCGUUAAAUUACACAGAAUGCUAAAAUAAUUAGCCUUUUCACACCUUUAAAGUUAUUUGAUCAAAAAACUCCCCUGUAUUAUACUCAACCAAAAAUAGGAAUCCCCGCUGACUUGCAGUUAUUUUGCCUGCAGCCAGUUGGGGCAGUGCAGUAGCAUGAAGAGUAAGCAAGAGGGGUGUGUGUGUGGGGGGAGUUCUCAGAGGAAAUAGCCAAAAAUACACUUGUCCUAAAGUUAGUGUGCUUAACCUUGCUUUGCUAGAUGACUUUUGGUGGGUCUGCAGUUGGUUGUGGUGAAGAUGAGGUCUAGAUUUGUGUUGUGUGAGAUGUAGAGACUACACGCUUGGCAGCUUACUCCAUACUGUGGUCAGCAGUUUCUUAUGUUAAAGUUGAAGACCCCAGGUUUUGUCUGUCCUGUCUGUCUCUCCUACCAGCCAAUGCUCCGGUGCCUUCUAACACUGACAAGUAUUGUCCCAAUCCAGAGCUUUCACUCUAUACAGAGACUGCAGAGGGGAUGGGGCUGUGAAUGGGGUUCAAGGUCACUGUUGUUGUAUUUAGCAGCUAAUCUGGACCAGUGGCUACAGGAGGCCCCUAAGCACUGAUGUAAGGAUCUUUACCUUGCCUUUGGUCCAAGAAUCAAGGGCAGCGCAGCAGUGUUUAACCUUAAAUCAGUGGUUGGGGUGUAUAUACUGAAGUCAACACUUACCAGUUCAGUACAGUGACUAGAAUGAGAUAUGACGGCACCUACAUUUCUAUCACUCCCUAUUCCCUUUGUAGCAUGCUGUGAUGAGUGUCCUACACAUGGAGUGAGGGGUCACACGAGACAGAACCUCAUAAAUGUACAUGUAGUCAUGUAGUCAUCCUCAACAUACGUUACAGUUCUAAGCUAUAAUGUGGUUCAAAGCUGAACGUGCAGAUGAAGCAUUGAGAAAACCAAUAUAUGUACUUGUUUAGAGCACAAAGUGAGCUCUUCUAACAGUGUGGGCAUAUUUUAGUUUGUAUACAUAGUGUAUUUGAACCUUUUUCUAGAGUGGGUUUCCUUUAUUUGCAUGCUCACCUUGAUUGUAUGCAUAAAUAUUUUAGACAAGCCGAAAGUUGAAUUUCAAUUGAAUUUUGAGCAAGACUUGUACAUUGUUUAAUAUGUUUCUUUUUGUAAUGAAUUUUUUAAUUCAUGAAGCAUUUUUGUACAUUGUAUGAAUAUUAAAAACUGCAAAUAUUUGUCAUAUAGAGUAAAUACUAGAUGCGCAUGCAUAUGCAUAUAUCCUUCACAGUAUGUAUGUGUAAAUGUACACAUAUAUUUUGUAUUUGCAUUUGCUGGCAUACAGAUAUAUGUCUUAAGCACAUAUAUACAUGCAAUAUAUAUGUAUAUCCAUGUCCGCUGGCAUGCUUUUGGUCAUGUUUAUCUUUCAUGAUCUUGUAGAUUCAUAUUUUGUUUUGUUUUAUUUCUCUUUCCUCAGAAAGAAAAGCUCAUUCUUUUGCUACCCUUCGGUUGGCUGGCAGCGUUGAGCACUUAUUAAGAAGAACUACAGUUGAAGUUGUUCAUGUUAUCCAUUGUGUGAAAUAAUAAAUGACUUUAUUGACAGCU